GCUUUUCUGCUGGACCACUCUGCGGCGGUACCGGCAUUUCCGCUGUUCCACUAUCAUCCUGGCAGCAAGGCAAAAGGUCGACACACCAGAAUUGUCCAAAUCCACUGGUAUUCAGCAGCUACAUCCGUAACCGUACAGUUACAAAGCACUUUCAUGAGGCCGCGGCAAAGGCCUGGCACCCCAGUAAUGAUCCCUUCGUACAAAGCCAUCUUGCGGGUGGGAGGACAACCCGUCGCGGGCAAAACGCAAAGAAAAAGAUACAGGGCAGAGAUCGGCAGGCAACGCGUCCAACUUUUGCCGCUCGGGGAUGGAAACGUCACGCUGGCUGCACACACACACACGCACACACGCCUUCUGGAAGGUAUCGACGGCGCCGCCGCCGCCGCCACCACCUCCCAUAGAAGUCGCCUGUUGACGAGUCCCGGCCGGACUGGAGGCUGUUGA